ACUGAGAAGUCAUGCAGCACGCUGAGCUCUGGUUUGCUUCAUGAUGGAAGGUGGCGAGCGGCACAGAAGAUGGAAAACAAUAGUGGCCGUAUUGCUCUCGUGUUCAUUAGCGCUUGGUUUAACUUACUUUAGCUGGCGAGGGCUAACCAAUGCAGUCAAAGUAAUUAAGAGUUCUGAAGUGAAAGAGCAUGAUGUGUUUAAUGGGAAGGAACUUGAGUUUGAGUCGGGUUCUUCCGCAGCUGUGACCACAGAAAUGGGAAUAAAUGAUGCUUCAGUCCAAGCUGACAGCAAAGUUACUGGGGACAAUAUGGUAAAGGGAGCUGCAUGGAGCGCCUCAAAUUCUUCACUUCACUGCGGCCGUAACAAAAUGAAAUUCCAAGUGAUGGGACCUGGUGCUGCUGAGCUCCAAUUGGACAUGGGUAAUGAUGACCCUGUACCUCUGAGCCAGGCUCCUGGAUCUUGUGGCAUCUUGGUGAAGCAGACCUUGCUUGGACUUCUUCUACUUGUUCCUUAUGACUGUGCUGUUAAACAAGGGAAUGGGACGUACGUCUUGAUGAUGCGAUGGAGGGAAAGUGCCGUUAACAUUACCUGCACCACAUUGCCAAACGCUGAUGCCGACACAACUGCCGAGCCUACUGACGUUCCAAUUGCUGUUUUGCCUCACUAUCCUUUAAACCUUUAUCGUAUGAAACGGCAUCUAAGAUGGCAUCCCAUGUACGUUCCCUGUAGUCCACACCGCCGAUUUCCACUCUGCCGGUAUACCACACCUCCACCAACGACUACAACCACUGCUUCCACUACUACUGCUAAUCCACACCCACCUACAAUAAAUCCCCUACUCUGGAAAAAGCUACAUGACCUCUACCCGUUGUAUAAACACUACAUUUAUGGCAACCACCAUCCCCUGCACCGCUACUACAAUGUCUUUAAGUAUCCAAGAUGGCAAGGAGCACCUCAAGCCUAUAAGAACCCUCACAUACUCAACUAUCCAAUCCAACUCUUGGAGGGGUAUCUUGCACAAACGCCACCUCCGCAGACCGCUAUGCCCACGAUGACAAGUGCCUACUGCCCACACUCCAGGAGGGUUGGUCAUUUCCACAAGUUCCCUUUUGUUCCAAGAAUGUCAUUUGAAAUCCCAGCGGAGCAGCAAAAUGUGCCUGAUCGAAGCUAUACAUCUGGGUACCAAGGUCCAGAAAAUCCUGACUCCUUCUGGGAGUCGUUUCCUUUACUUUAUCACUCAGAAAGCAAAGAUGACCCACGCUUUGACUGGGAGCACCAGACUCCUAACUGAGUGGCCAGAAUGUCUGACUGUCUGUCCUCACCUUCUCGGUGCUAGUCUUAUGACAAUUGAAUAAACGUGUUUAACUUGGA